AUGUCGCUAAACACCUCACACCUGGCCGAAUAUGAGCAACAAUACUCUAUACAGACUGCAGAGGUUACGGCACAAAUAGCGGCCAUGCAACGAGCCAAGCCCGAGGAGCGUCCAAACAUUGUUCGGGAUACGAAGAAAAUGCUGGCUCAGGUAAAUGAUCUUUUGGACCAAAUGGAGCUGGCAGUCCGAGAUUUACCAGCUGGAAGCGGGGAGCGUUCAAAGUUCGAGAUGCGAGUCCGUAGUUACAAACAAGACAAACGACAGCUUGAUGGAGAACUCGAUAAAGCGAUUCAACGCGCCCGAGAAGAGGCGGACCGCGGGGAGUUAUUUUCGGAAGAAGCUGAUGCACAGGAAGACCAACUUAUCGCAAACACUCAACGCCUAGAAAGGACGAGUCGAAAAAUACAAGAUGCUUACAGAAUGGUUGUUGAAACAGAGGAGAUUGGGGUCGAAGUGUUGAACAAUCUUUCGUCACAAAGGGAAACAAUUGGACGAUCGCGGGAUCGAAUGCGCGAAGCAGACGCGGAUUUGGGACGAAGUUCUCGACUGCUGAAUAUUAUGAUUCGCAGAGUGAUUCAAAACCGAUUGCUUGUGCUUGGAGUUGCCGUCUUCCUCAUGUUUGUUUUGUUAUUUGUGGUGUGGAAGUCAAUA